ACAUUUUAGUGUACAACAUGGGACGCCACGGCCACACUGUCUCUUGUUUGAUCUUACUUGCACUAUGCUUGGGGUUGACAGUAGGCUCAUUUCUUUACUGUGAUCCACCAAACUUCGCUAAAGGAAAGCAUGCUGUAAAGAAGAUGCGCGUUUCAGGUGCCAUGACCACAUUGAUGAAGAAAUAUGGAAGUUGCUUGAAGUCCCAUUCCGCAAGAAUGCUGUUCAGGAAAUAUGGUUUCGGCUACAACUUUACAGCCUGCGACAGUGACCUGCACCACGAUGAGAUCUGCAAUGACCCUGUUCGAGUUGCUGAGUAUUACGACUGCGUUUUCAAGCAGCACACCUUAAUAUUUCACAACGUUAAUGCCACAGCUGAAGAACGGGUCAAGAUGAAAACUUUCUGGAAAUGUAUGAAAGACGCCUUUAAGGGUUUUCAAGAUACUAUCAUGAGGAAGCGUUAACCAGUUAUCACCGUGAGAGGUCAAACUCCUUUGUCACCUACAAUCUGACGGAGCGUCCAGAAAAAGCUCGGCGAGUCCGGGCCGUGAAGAAUCCAAUUUGCGACCCUCUAAGAUAUCGGAUACAAGUGGCUGAAUAUAAAUUCUAGUAUUGCGGAUGUACUUGGUGGAAACUGUACAACUGUUAUAAAAAUAAAGCAGUCGUAUUGU